UGUCCCUUCUCAGUCUGGGCUCGUCUAUCUAUCGCCGCCAACAACUCCUUCGGAAUGCCUUGCGCCAAUGCUGGCGAGACCCAGAUGGUGGAAGUACCUCCAAACCAUCGGUACAAGGCGCCCUUCCCGUGUCAGCUGAACCAGUGUGGUCAUGUCAUCAAGGUUGCCUAUCAUGCAGAGGAUCGCAACGUCUACCAGAUCGAGUACUCUUUGGACCCCCAUGACGGCCGCAUGUGGUACAACCUCUCUGCCGAGGACGGUGCGCCUUUCCAAGACGUUGAGCGCUACCUCGCUGGCUUCGGUCCUACAUGCCCUUUCGUUCAUUGCACACCUGGGCAGUACGGUAAAGACCCGGUCCAUGGAUGCGACUGGCCAAUUCAGCCCGUCUGUGCCACUAUCGGCAGCGUCGUUUCUGUUCUUUGUGGCAGGCUUUAGUAGGUUUGUGGAUGUGCGGGUCGUUGUCACGAAGUCGAGGUUCUUGACUGAGUGUACGUGAACGAUAUAGGUUGGGAUAUUAGAGGGCGUUUGUAUGAAAUUUGGCGAAUGUGCAAUAUGCGAUGGAUAGUUGCCAACGACAAACAUCACUUGCGGCACUGCUCAAUUCUUGCUGUUGGAAAGGGAAGCU